AUGUCGAUAUCCAAACAAAGUAGGGCAAGAGUUUAUGCAGAGGUUAAUGCAGAACGACCCAGAGAAUACUGGGAUUAUGAAUCAUAUGUGGUGGAGUGGGGAAAACGUGAUGAUUACCAUCUCAUUCGAAAACUGGGCAAGGGAAACUAUAGUGAAGUAUUUGAAGCUAUCAACACUAAAAAUAGGAAAAAAGUUGCCAUUAAAAUACUCAAGCCAGUAACGGAUAAUAAAGUCAAGCGUGAAAUAAAGAUUUUGGAGAAUUUGCGUGGUGGUCCCAACAUCAUAUAUUUACAAGACAUUAUAAAAUGCCCUAGUAUAGGAGCACCUGCCUUGGUGUUUGAGCUUGUAAACAACAGAGAUUACAAAGAAUUGUACCAUACAUUCACUGACUAUGAUAUUCGGUUCUACAUCUAUGAGAUUUUGAAGGCCUUGGACUAUAGUCAUAGCAUGGGGAUUAUGCACAGAGAUCUGAAACCCCAUAAUGUUAUGAUUGACCAUGAAAACAGAAAGCUAUGGCUAAUUGACUGGGGGUUGGCUGAUUUUUACCAUCCUGGAAGAGAAUAUAAUGUUCGAGUUGCAUCCCGAUACUUUAAAGGUCCUGAGCUAAUUGUAGAAUAUGAGAUGUAUGAUUAUAGUCUAGAUUUAUGGAGCUUGGGUUGCAUGCUGGCAAGUAUGAUAUUUCGCAAGGAGCCAUUUUUUCAUGGUAAUGAUAAUGAUGAUCAGUUGUUGAAAAUAGCCAACGUUCUGGGCACGAAAGAUUUCUAUAAUUAUAUUAACAAAUACAAAAUCUUAUUAGAUCCCCAUUUCAAAGUAAUGUUAGGCACACAACCCCGAAAGCAUUGGGGUUGCUUUGUUCACAGUGAGAACCAGCACCUUGUCAGCCCAGAAGCCUUUGAUAUUCUAGACAAGCUGCUAGUAUAUGACCAUCAGUCACGGCUCACUGCCAGAGAGGCCAUGGAACACCCAUAUUUUUGUACUGUAGUUAAGAACCAAACUCAACUUGAUUCAUGUAGUAAACCAGGACAGAAAAUGCAUGAAGAAAAGGGCAGUAUGAAUCCAGGUAAUUCUUUAGGGCCAGGAUCUUCAGCCCUUGGACGUCAGGCAGAUCCACCGGUGACAGGUGCUGCUAAGACCGCUCGGAAAACCACUAAACCAACUCGCACUAACAAGUAA